AUGUGUCACGGGAAUGGGAUCAAGUUUGAACACUUUUCCUCUGGUUUGACUGACGCUGUGAGAAGGAACCAAAAUGCCAGUAAACGGACAGGUCAUGGUGGCUGCCUGCACGGGCCCUCACACCACGGCAGUACAACUCAACAUUCAUCGCAUGGUCUCAGAAGAAGAAGGCGCAAAACCUCCGCGACCGCAAACCUGCAACAGCCACGCUUUGUGACACCGAAGGGUAUGAUGGGUGUAGUGGGCUGGAUAUUGCUCCUACUCUCCCAGAUGAUGGUGCCUGUGGCGUCCCAGAAGCCUCCAGGGCUCAGUGUAGGUGUGAUCAUGGGUCAGACGCGCCAUGUUUCUGAUCAGGAGCUCCGCCCACCCCGGCGCCCUGAUGAUGCCCUUGACGUUUCUGUGGUAGUAUUGAGGAUCAACCAGACUGACCCAAAGUCUGUGAUUACACAGGUGUGUGAGCUUCUGUCACGCACUCGUCUCCAUGGCAUUGUGUUUGCCGACGGCACCGAUCAGGAGGCCAUUGCCCAGAUCCUUGACUUCCUCUCCGUUCAGACGCAACUUCCUGUCCUGGGAGUCCACGGAGGCUCCUCUAUGAUUAUGGCUGACAAGGAUGAGAAGUCCACGUUCUUCCAGUUCGGCGCCGCUCUGCAGCAGGAGGCGCUGCUCAUGCUCGCCAUCAUGGAGGAGUAUGACUGGCACGUUUUUUCUAUCGUCACUUCCAAGUUCCCCGGGUACCAGGACUUCAUCAGCACACUGAAGACAACUGUGGAUCACAGCUUUGUGCGCUGGGACCUGCAGAGUGUGGUGACUCUAGAUGCUGUAGAUGGCGACCCAAACUCUAAAUCACACAUUGCCCUCAAGAGGAUCCAGAGUCCUGUUAUACUGCUGUACUGCUCCAAGGAUGAGGCUUUGUAUAUACUAGAGGAAGCUCGAUCCUUGGGCCUGAUAGGAGCCGGUUACAUCUGGAUCGUGUCCAGUCUCACCACUGGGAACCCAGAUUUUACUCCCGAGAUGUUCCCCCUAGGUAUGAUCUCCGUGUCCUAUGAUGACUGGGAGUACCCACUUGACACACGGGUGCGGGAUGGGGUGGGCAUCAUAUCCUUUGCAGCCACCUCCAUGCUGCGGGAGAAGGGGGAGCUGCCAGAGGCCCAGAGCAGCUGCUACAGCACACCGUCAGACAGGAGCCCUGGGAAGCUCCCACCUAGUGCCCUGCGCAGACACAUGAUGCACGUGUGGAAUGAAGGCCGAGACUUAUCUUUUACGCCAGAUGGUUACCAGGCCAACCCCAAAUUGGUUGUCAUCGUGCUGAAUAGUGAAAGGAAAUGGGAGAAGAUGGGGCGUUGGGAGAACGGGACGUUGUCGUUGAUGUUCCCAGUGUGGCCGAGGUAUAACUCCUACGGGGACGAGGACGCUGAUGAAAACCACCUCUCCAUCGUCACCCUGGAAGAGAAACCUUUCGUCAUUGUCGACAAUGUGGACAUCCUCACCGGCACCUGCAUGAGAAACUCUGUGCCCUGCCGCAAGCAUGUCAAAGAUAACAGCACGUCAGGUGGUUCCUACAUUAAGCAGUGCUGCAAGGGCUUCUGCAUUGACAUUCUGAAGAAGAUAGCAAGGAACGUCAAGUUCACUUAUGACCUUUACCUGGUCACAAAUGGGAAACAUGGCAAGAAGAUCAACAACGUGUGGAACGGCAUGGUUGGAGAGGUGGUGUAUAAGAAGGCAGUGAUGGCAGUCGGUUCACUGACCAUCAAUGAGGAAAGGUCAGAGGUCAUUGACUUCUCCGUGCCCUUUGUGGAGACUGGCAUCAGCGUCAUGGUGUCUCGUAGCAAUGGGACUGUCUCUCCUUCUGCCUUCCUCGAGCCUUUCAGUGCAUCAGUUUGGGUGAUGAUGUUUGUGAUGCUGCUCAUCGUCACAGCCAUCGCCGUCUUCCUCUUUGAGUUUGUCAGUCCGCUGGGCUUCAACCGCAACUUAGCCCAAGGCAAAGACCCACAUGGACCAUCAUUCACCAUCGGUAAGGCCAUAUGGCUGCUGUGGGGACUGGUGUUCAACAACUCUGUGCCCGUGCAGAACCCAAAGGGCACCACCAGUAAGUUCAUCGUAUCAGUGUGGGCUUUCUUUGCCGUCAUCUUCCUGGCCUCCUACACUGCCAACCUGGCCGCCUUCAUGAUCCAGGAAGAGUUUGUGGACCAAGUCACUGGACUGUCUGACAAGAAGUUCCAGAGUCCAUACUCCUAUUCCCCUCCAUUUCGCUUCGGGACAGUUCCAAACGGCAGCACCGAGCGUAACAUCAGGAAGAACUAUCCAGAUAUGCAUCAGUACAUGACCAAAUACCAUCAGAGUGGCGUCCAGGAUGCGCUGGUCAGCCUCAAGACUGGAAAGCUGGAUGCUUUCAUCUACGAUGCUGCGGUGCUGAACUACAUGGCGGGCAGAGACGACGGCUGUAAGCUGGUCACCAUCGGCAGCGGUUACAUCUUUGCCACCACAGGUUAUGGUAUCGCCCUGCAGAAAGGAUCCUACUGGAAACGCCUGGUUGAUCUGGCCAUACUGGGCAUCAUAGGCGAUGGUGAGAUGGAGGAGCUGGAGGCCCAGUGGCUGACUGGGAUCUGCCACAAUGAGAAGAAUGAGGUGAUGUCCAGCCAGCUGGAUGUGGACAACAUGGCGGGUGUCUUCUACAUGCUGGCCACAGCAAUGGGCCUCUCCAUCCUCACCUUCAUCUCUGAGCACCUUUUCUACUGGAGGCUGAGAUACUGCUUCACUGGAGUCUGCUCUGGGAGGCCGGGUCUGCUCUUCACUAUCAGCAGGGGCAUUUGGAGCUGUAUCCAUGGCGUUCAUAUAGAUAUGAAGAAAAAGACUCCUGAGCUCGACUUCAGUCCUCAAGCCAACAUGCUGCAUCUGCUCAAGUCUGCCAAGUCCAUGGCUUUGUCUUCUCCCAAACGCAACACUGUCCUCCUGCAGCCAAGCAUCCUUGAUGUGAUGACAGGGAAAGGUAACUCACUCCAUAGUCUGCCCCCGAAGGGUCCUGGUCUCUAUAGCAACGCCGCUGGUCCGCAGAGUUUCCUGUCAUUGUCCGGGCGACACAAAAACCUCCUCAACAACGCUGCGCCGUUUCCUACGCAACAAAAAGCCCCCACUCUCCAAACCAGCCCCAACAAGCCUCAGCUGUCAAUUACCAACGACAACGGCAAGGCCCGCCUCACUGGGCCGGCCUGCUCUGCAUCAAAACCUCGAGCCUUGUGGAAGAAAAGUGUGGAGACACUGAAGACCCAGCCGACUGUCGUAUCUCCAGGCUCCGGCCCAAGCCCCACCCCAGGUUCUGGACCUGGACCUCCACCAAUGAAGAGCCAGCGCUACCUGCCUGAAGAGCCACCGCACUCUGACAUCUCAGAGUGCUCAAGCCGGCCGCCAUCACACAAAGAUUCUGAUUCCAUGGGGGCGAGGGGUGGAUUCAAGCCUAUCAAUCAGUUGAGGAAGAGGGGUGGGGGAGGAGGAGGAGGUGGGGGCGGAGGAUCCAAGAUCUACUCUAUUGACUCUGACCAGGCCAGUCUCCAGUCCGCUCCACCCUACCAGCGAGACAGCCAGGGGGGAGGUGACGACCACAGUUACCCCCCUGACCUGUUUCCACCUGACAGCACAUACUCACACACACACUCCCACCAGGCAGACGCACCCAUUUUGCAGCUGAGUGCCAGCCUGCUGCACCACAGUCACAGCGCAGAGGCUGACCUGCACUCUCUGAAGGACAAGAAAUACAGCACCUACACACACAGCAGCGGGAAGGACAAAGCUGCAACUUCAUUCGACGCUCCAGGUGCGGGAUCGGGGACACAAGGCGUCAGGCCCGGCCACUGUCGAUCCUGCCUGACCAAGCUGAGCGGCUUCUCCGGCCUUUACACCGUCCGCUCCCCACAGGCCCGCUGUGACGCCUGCGCCCACCUGGGAAACCUGUACGACAUCAGCGAAGACCACCUGCACUCACACUACUCCCACACGCACACUCACCCACACAGCGGGGACAUGUUCACACACUACCUUCCCCAGAGCGAGCUGGGCCUGGUGGGCGAAGGGGACGGGCUAGUCAGCCACUUCGAGCCCUCCCCUUCCUCACCGUCUCCUCUUCCCACCCCUUCGUCGGCGCAGCACCUUCAGCUGAGUCGACAGCACUCCUAUGAGAACGUGCUUCCGGACGGCAUUCCCGAGCGGCAGUCGCAGCAGCACACCCACCUGCGGGGGCUGAGCCUGCCUGACAGAGAUCGGGAGCGGGAGCUGACCCUGGACGAGGGGGCCUAUGCUAAUGUUCUCACAAUGCGCUCUGAUCGUCCGUUCAGCAGCCGCAGCCCCCCCUCUCCAUCACCCUCCCACCACCAUAGCCUGGACGCCCCUUUGCCCCUCCCCCGGCGCUCGAAGAGUCUCUUCCCCGAUCGCCCCUCUCACAACCCUUUCCUCCAGUCAGCCCCUGGCACAACACAACGAGAUCCCGCCCCCCAGGCUGUCACACGCAUGCCACAGAGAAGUUCCGCCCACGAGCUCUAUAAGCAGCGAAUGCCGCUGUCGCUUACCCUCGGUAACCAUGGCAGCCAUCACAACAACCAGCAUGGCGGCCAUGUCGACCAACAGGUGUUCUACCCUCAGCAGGAGCCCCCUGUGGUGGCAUACAUGGUCCCACCUGCUGCCUCUCAGCCAAUGAGCUAUGUGACAGCGCCGCGAGCCUCGAGCGCAGGCGGCAACAGGCCCCGGCUCUACCGCCGCAUGCCCAGCAUCGAGUCUGACGUCUGA